UGAGUUGACCAGCCACUGGCAUCUGUACAUUGUUGGACAAAGGGGGAAUGUUAAACUUAUCCAACAUUUGCUGAUUUAUUAUUGUGAUAUUAUUUGAAGAUUUUUUUACUUGCUGAUCUUUAGAACCAGAGUAAAUCUAGAGGAUUUUCUUGAAUUUUUACAUCUUUGUGCAGAUCUUGAGUUUCUAAAAAAUACUGUUAAAGGGAUGGCAUUAAUAUUAAUAUGAGUGGAUUAAUACCCAUAUUCUGAUUGUAUUCUAAUGUAAUUCUAAAUAAUAUUACAGAAAUAUAAUUUUUUCGUAGGUCAAGAAAAAUUGAUGUCUAAAACUCAUUGUUUAGUGCAAUAACUCUGCUGUUGUAAUAUUUGUUAUAACAUUAUGUUUUUUCCAUGGAUUGACAAUGCCUUCCACCUUACUAGAGGUAAAUCCUUGGCAAAUAUUACCAGCACAAUUCUUUCACUAAUCUGGUGAACUUUUAGAUUCUUUUCUGAAGCUACAUAUUCUGAAGUAUAAAGUAUUUCCUAUGACUUUGCUAAAACUCAGUAAAUGAUAAUUUGAGCUGUAUAUAGUGGGUGUAUUAGAGUAUAAUUCUGAAUAAUGUGUUUUGAAACAAAGAUUAGGGUUUAAGAAAAUUGAAGAUAUGAUUUUCAAUUCCUGAAUUCAGUUCUUGUAUUGCUGUAGUUCUUGGACUUUAGCCAUGCUGUUCUAACUUUAAAAAUACUUAAUGCAUUUGUCUUAAACCCCAACCUCUGUUUAGCUUUGGUUCCAAAGAUAGUCUAGUUAUUUGCUGAACUAGUGUGGUCUUGGAAUUUGACUACGAACUGGGGAUUCUGGCAUUUGUAAUCAUGAGGAUAUAUUUUGGUUUGGGACUCCUGCAGAAAGGAAACCUAAUGUUUGGUAAACAGAGGGGAAGAGGUGGAAUAUGCAUAACGGUUUUCUGGUGGAUUUUGGAUUCUGCUAGCACUGAGUGAAAGGAAAAAUGAAGUCUGAGAUCUUAUGGGGAAAUUAGACUUGGAGGGGGGGGUGGGUUAGAGAAUAGACGGACGGAUUGUAAUUUAUAAUUUUCCAUUUUAUCAAAUGGGCCUGAUCCACUGAUAAAAUAUUGUACUGGAUCAUGUUACAUUAUAGCAUAUAUAUUUUGUGAGGAUCAUGUGGAAUUAUUCUUGACAACUUGGAGACCUCCCAAUAUAAGUAUAUUUCUGAAUUAAAAAGAUUUUGUGAUUUCUAAUGACAUGGCAGUCCUAAAUGUCCAAGGAGCUCUAUAAAAGUAACUAGUUUUAAUGUAGCUCCACCUAUCUGGAAGUGGAUCAAAAGUAUCUGAGUAUCAUUUAAGGCUACUUAUUUUGCAUAGCUUUAGCUAGUCAAAGUUUGAUCCUAGGACUGAUCCUGAGUGCCAAGAAAUUGGUUAAGAAAAAGUAUUUCCAAUAUUUUAUCAGUUUAGUAGAGUCCACAUGGGGCCAUGUCAGAAUAUUGUUUUUCUAUAUUUCCUCAUGUACAUCCUAUUUCCUAACAGCAAAGCAUGUAAUGUGGAACACAUGUGACAUGGUCUAUCAUGAAAACUGCAAGAAUGAAGGUCUAAUCAAAGAGCCAAUGUAAUAUCUGAACUGUUUUAAACUAUUUAAUAUCCGGUCUUGUCUUAAAACCAAAUCAGAUGGUCUUGUAACACUAAGCUUUUUCUGUAUGAAGGGAUUUCUUGACGAUAUAAUGGUGCAGUGUAAAUAUAUUUGUAUUUUCUCAUUUUUUAUACAUCUUUUGGAAUGCAAAAUAUAAAUCUGAAAGAAGUUGUUUGCUAUAUAUCUAUCUUCAUAAACUAGAACAGUAUACUGUAGGAACAGGGCCUUUGGCCCUCAAAGUCUGUCCCAACUGCAAUACCAAAUUAAACCAACCCCAUCUGCCUGCACAUGGUCCAUAUUCCUCUAUACCCUGCCUGCUCAUGUGCAUGUCUAAAUGCCUUAUAAAUGCUUCGAGUUUGGAAUGAUUUGUUUCCAAACAACUUGACUCAGUCACUUGGAUUAGAGGGCACAUGCUUAAGAUGAAAGGGGGGACAUUUAAACGCGACCUGAAGAGCAACAUUUUCUCACAAAGGAUGGUGUAUGCAUGGAUUGAGCUGCCAGAGGAAGUGUAAAGGUGGGUACAUUUAAGAGUCAGUUGGACAAAUACCGGGAUUGGAGAGUUUGGGAGGGAUAUGGGCCUGCCGCAGGCAAGUGGAACACCCUCCGUUAGACAACCUGUUGCUGUGCUGUGUAGCUCAAUUGUGCAGAUUUUGAAUUCAUCUAUCGUAAGGUAUUGCUGCACAUUAUGAAAUAAUAGCUAUUUAAGUUUAAUUGAAUAGUAUUGGAAUUUAGAAUUCAAACAAAACUAAUUAUUUGUCUUCUAGUUUAGGAUUAUUUUCAAUAAAACGUUACUGAUCCACUAUGACCAUGGUUGCUAAAAUAAAGCAUAAUUAAGGAAUAUAAAGGUGCAGACUAUUUUCGAAAUGGGGAGAGAAUCCAGAAACCAAAGGGACUUGGGAGUAAUAGUGCAGGAUUCCCAAAAAGUUAAUCUGCAAGUCGAAUCGGUAGUAAAGAAAGCAAACGUAAUGCUAGCAUUUAUUUUGAGAGGGCUUGUAUACAAAAACAGGAAUGUAAUGCUGAGGCUCUAAGGCAAUAGUCAGGCCGCAUUUGGAAUAUUGCGUGCAAUUUUGGGCACCGUAUCUGAGGAAGGAUGUGCUGGCUCUGGAGAGGGUCCACCGGAGGUUUACAAGAAUGAUCCCAGGAAUGAGUUGGUUAACAUAUGAUGAGCAUUUGACGGCACUGGGCCUGUACUUGCUGGAGUUUAGAAGGAUGAGUGGGCACCUCAUUGAAACGUACAGAAUAGUGAAAGGCUUGGAUAGAGUGAAUGUGGAGAGGAUGUUUCCACUAAUUGGAGAAUCUAAGACUAGAGGUCAUUGCCUCAGAAUUAAAGGACAUUCUUUUAGGUAGGAGAUGAGGAAUUUCUUUAGUCCGAGGGUGGCGAGUCUGUGCAAUAUUUUGACAAAGAAGGCUGAGGAGGCCAAGUCUGGGUAUUUUUACGGCAGAGAUGGAUAGAUUCUUGAUUAGUAGAAUUGCCACGUUAUGGGGAGAAGGCAGGAGAAUGGGGUUAGGAGGGAGAGAUAGAUCAGACACGAUUGUAUGGCAGAGUAGACUUGAGCCGAAUGGCCUAAUUCUGCUCCUAUGACUUAUGAUCAUGAUAUCACCGGAUAUUACCCCUCAAAGUAGGGAUGAUAUCCAACAAUUUAUUUUAACUUUCUCUAGUCUCUAGCAAUUGAUGGAUUGCAUAAAGGAAUCUGCUGUGUUUAAAAUUAGACAAUAGGUGCAGGAGUAGGUCAUUCAGCCCUUCGAGCCAGCACUUUCUUCAUUUGGCUUUACCAAGAUAACUUUAUUAUACUUUAAGAGAACAUGAGAAAUAUGAGCAUAGGUUGAUCAUUUUCCAUCCAAUUUGAUCACAGCCGAUCUCAUUUCCUGCCUGCUUCCCCAUAAACCUGGAUUCCUCUUUAGUGCCAACACGUAAACAGUUAUCUUACAAUUUUUACUUUAUUUACCUUUAGAACUGUAACUCUUUUGCACAAACCCAAAGGUGCUGUCGGCUCUCCAGUAUCUCACUCGGAAUUCACAUCAGGAAUAGUGAAUAAGUCUAGGCUGCUUUUGGAGAGCAUCUCAAUUGUUCCUGGUCCCAAUAAAUACCUCUAAUUUCCCUCUCCCCUGAUUCAGUCCAAGGAAGGGUCUUGACACGAAACGUCGCCUAUUACUUUUCUCCAGAGGUGCUGUCUGAUCUGCUGAGUUACUCCAGCAUUUUGUGUUUAUCUUCCCAAUAAAUACCCUAUUGUUUGCAAAUCCUAAUAUAAAUUUUCCAUCUGCCCUGAUUAUUAUAUAGACUUGUUUUCAUGCUGCAAAGGGUUAUUGAGUUUACAUUUUCAUUCCUUGACUUAGCUGGGCGAGAGUGAUUCUAUAUUACUUUUGUUAUCCCUUGUUUCACAGUUGUGAAGGAAUAUUACAGAAUUAACAUUAGCGGAGGCACUUUUUCAAAAUGGUAAGCUGCCAUCUUGUGGCAUACUGUGCUGGAAUAAUUGAUUUGCAGAUUUUCAUUAAAAUUUACUUAUCUGGAUAAAAGUCUAUCUUUGAGUAAGUUAUAGGGGGAGGAGGUUGCAAAUGAUGGAUAUCUGGGUAGUAAAGAUUGAUGAUAAAAUAGUAUAUUCUAUAUGGUGUUAUUAUUGUCUUCCUGGCACUUGUUUACUGUACAGCUCAGGGAAUUUGGGUAUGUGUAAUAGAUUACUAAACAGUGAUCUGUCACGUGAAUAAGGAGGAUCUUUUUAAGGUGGUUUUUGUAUCAAACGCCUUGUAUUGCAUGGACUUCCCACUUCACUGGUUACCAAGACGAAUUAAAUGUUUGGAGUUAAAAUAAUAAAAUGUUACAACAGAUUGUCUUACAAAAUUCUUUAAUUGAACAUUUUUUUAUUUUUUCAGAGGUACUAAGUUGCAUUCAGGUAAAAUGUGUGGAACAAUACAAAAGGGUGUCAUUUGAAAGAUUCAAUGUAUAAUGGCAUUAGAAAAGUCAAAGCAGGAAAUGUAAAUAACUUUGAUUAAGAUGUGACUGCAGUAAAUGGACCAUAAAUUGUACGCAAUUGUCAUUUUCUUGAUUAAAGAUGAGUUGUAAUGCGAUUAGUGGCGUGUACCAGUCCGAGAACAGGUUGCCUUCAUUUGGUUUAUUCCAUUGCUAAAGUAAAUUUAAGGAGUGACAUAAUAAAGGUGUAUUUAUUUAUUCAUUGUUCAGAAUCUGGGUGUGGCAGACAGUCGGCUUUCUCGCCCAUCCUCCGAUGCUUUUGAGCUGAGUAGCUAUUUGUUUUGGUAUUUAAGAGUCAGCCACAUUAGUGAGUCACCUGUUGACUCGACUGUAUUAGGGUGGCUGAUUAGCAGUCCUUAAAGCCAUUUGGAAACCGCACGAGUUUUCGUAAUAAUCUGGUGUUUCUGUGGUCAGCGAUGGCAUCUGCAACAGAUUCAAGAUACGGACAGAAGGAUGCAUCAGACCAGAAUUUUGAUUAUAUGUUCAAGCUUCUCAUUAUUGGAAACAGCAGCGUGGGAAAAACAUCUUUCCUUUUCAGAUAUGCAGAUGAUACAUUCACAUCAGCCUUCGUCAGUACUGUUGGUAUCGACUUCAAAGUGAAGACGGUUUACAGAAAUGAUAAAAGGGUCAAGUUGCAGAUUUGGGAUACAGCUGGUCAAGAACGAUACAGAACCAUUACAACUGCUUACUACAGAGGAGCCAUGGGCUUCAUACUUAUGUAUGACAUUGCCAAUGAAGAAUCCUUUAAUGCAGUGCAAGACUGGGCAACCCAAAUCAAAACCUAUUCGUGGGAUAAUGCACAAGUCAUCCUCGUUGGAAAUAAGUGUGAUAUGGAAGAUGAACGUGUAAUUCCUGCUGAAAAGGGAAAACAUCUGGCUGAGCAGUUGGGAUUUGAGUUUUUUGAGGUCAGUGCCAAAGAAAACAUCAAUGUCAAGCAGGUCUUUGAAUGUCUAGUAGAUAUCAUAUGCGAGAAAAUGUCUGAACGCCUUGAUUCAGAUCCAUCAAUGGGCAGUGGCAGUAAGCACACGCGGCUGACAGAUAACCAACCAUUGAAGCAGCAGAACUGUGCCUGCUAGUGACCAACAUCUUGAUGAUCUUUGACCAUUCCCUUUCUAUCCUGCUUCACUUUAUAGUUGCAUGUGCUAUGAAGGCAAUCCAAUGUCAAUUCAUUCGAUAUUAUAAAGAUGGGUAGAAGUAAUACAUUUAUUUAUUCUUUAAGAUGUGUUUAAAUGUUGUACAAAGUGGACAUCAACUGCAUUACAAACUUUAUUAUAUUACUAAUUGAUUAUAUAGAUAUUUCUGAAACCGAGCCAUUUCAGUCCUUCUGAAUUGGAAGUAGAGAUUUUCGAUGUUUAAAGACUUGCUGUAACUUGGUUUAGCCAGGGAAGUAAAGAGGUUAUCAUGAAGGAGUCAAUCAAGUAAUAGCAAUGAAUUCAAAAUAACCUAUCAGAAUUAAGGGAAUGAUUUUAUUAAGUUUAACAGAGCAGUUGAAAAGUUGGCAGAAGAAUCUCUGGCUGAUUUGAUGUAAAGUAAAUGGAAGAAAUAUUACAUUAAGUUAAAAUUACUUUAUAAAAGUAAGAGCAUUAUUGGACUUCAAUGCCUAUAACUUCCUUUUAGUAUAUUCUACAGGGAUUAGAUUCUAUAGUUAUAUUUAUUAAACUUCUAUCUAGAGUCUAAUUGUCAAGAAAAUCAGGAUGUUCUCAUAUUGUGACACGUGAGUUGUCUCUUUGAAGUGAUGGUCUGGAGAUAUGCCACUAAUAUUGCAAAUUCCUUGAUCCAUUUUCCUGUGUGGAACAUCAUUAGGGCACAGGAUGGACUCUCAUGACCAACUUUGGACAUGCUACUGAAUCCCAGCAAUGGUGCAGGUUUGCUGCGAUUCCAGAAGGAUCAAGUAGUAUUAUGAAAAAUACUAAAUAUCAAAUCAACCACAUUAGUUAAGUCUGCAAUCUUCAGCAGCAAAGUAUUAAGAACAAUAUGGUGGGUGGGUGGCAGUAGAAGUGGAGGAUUAGAAUUAGAAUCCGUGAUACUUGGGGGUUUUAACAGUGCAUGCUAGAACACAUUUCCUGCAACAGUUCUUGUGCAGUGGUCAUAUAAUUGACCAAGAGAGUGAUAACAUGCGUUCCAGUAUCCAGUCUCCCCAACACCUCUCUCUCUAUUUGCAUGUCAUGACGGGGAAGGGAAAUUCAACAUAAAUAAAGAAAUCUUGCUGAGAUUGUACAGAGCUUUUGUUAAAUCACAACCAAAUAUUCGGUACAGUUUCAGUCUCUGAAAUUAAAUAAUAUACUUGCUUUGGAGUAAGUGCAAUAAAGUGUCAUUAGAUUUAUUGAUGGAAUAAGGAAUUAUCCAUUGAAGAAACAUGUGGUAAGACUGACCUAUACUCAGGUUAGACGAAUGGGAAAUUAUGUACAAGACCCUUCUCUCCAUAGAUGCUGCCUCACCCGCUGAGUUCCUCCAGUUUUUUGUGUCUACAGUAGAAGUGGAUGCUGUUUUAGCAGCUUUGGAGCCAAGGAGCAUUAAGGGCUGUGUGAGAUUGAAAUACUUUGAACUUUCUUUAUUCAAAAGAUUGUAAUUGUUUGACUUCUUUUCAUGAGGGGUGUGGAUAUUCAUCUUUGGGAUAUAAUCAAAGCUGAAAUUUAUCAUUUUUCAUCCACUAAAGGAGCCAGUGGAUGAGGUUUGGGCAGCAAAAGGAACAAGGGACAGGAUCAGUAACAUACCAUUGAAUGGUGGAGUAAAGUGGCCUCCUACUGGUUCUUAUAAUAUCAAACACCACUAUCUACAAAACCAUUAACAAAAAUAGCUCGUUUUUUAUAUAAAGUUUCUUACAUUACAGAAUAAUCCAAAAAUGCUUUUGCACUGCCAACAUUGAUUAGGAAAGCAAAAAAAAUUAGAUGGGAGAUUGAUGGGACAGUAAUAGUAUAGUAUGCACUAAGAGAGUACUUUUCAUUUUCAGGUAACAAUUACCUCUACUUUGAUUUGCGCAGAUUGCAGAAUCUCUUGCUAAUAGCAUUCAGUUUUGCUUGUGUAACAUUUGCAUAAUUAAUCACAAUUGUGGGUGCAGGUGGUUCUGAGUAGGAGAGAAAUAAUUAUGUAAAAAAUAAGGAGAAAAUUAAGGGGAAUGCCACAAAGAAAGAAAUAAGAAAAAAAUUGCAUUUAUAUGGCUUUGUUCAUGUUACCUAAAGUUCUUUUCUGCAGAAGGGAGAAUAUUUCAAGUGUGUCUGCUUUUGUAAUGUCAGAAAAGCUGCAGCCCAUCUCCUCGUAAACCCGAUGCGGUAACGGUGAAAUUUCUACAUAUUCCGGUAGAGAUUUACCUCAUGGAGGAUGGGUAGGAUUACUUCCUGAUCAUACAGCCAGUAGUUUCUCCAAAUGUAUUUAAGAAUGGUGUACAUUUAGUAAUUACAAAUUCACUUUACAGAGCUGUACCAAAAAUCAAAAACACUUGUCUGAGCUGGAGUUGUUAGAAACAAUGUUUUUUUUUCUCCACAGAUUUGUAAAAUGAAUUUGUCAAUCUAAAUGUACAACAUUCCUAUAUUGUUUCUUUUGGAGAUAAGAGCAUCUAAUUACAGUUAAUGUACAAAUUAAGGUAAACAUAGAAACAUAGAAAAUAGAUGCAGGAGUAGGCCAUUCGGCCCUUCGAGCCUGCACCGCCAUUCAAUAUGAUCAUGGCUGUUCAAAGGUAUUGAAUAGCAUCUAGAAAUAGUAUGGCACUUACUUCAGAGCAGAAACUUAAAUAAUUUAAGGACAGUAACUAUUGAAAGCAUGUGUGAAGUGCAUUAAAAUUCUGGGACCUACACUUUAUUAACUGUAAUUAGACCCUCCUAUCUGUAGGGGGCACUACAACAUUCCCACUGGCGUGAAAUUAUUUACAGCAGCAAAUUUAACGCUAUCAUAUACCGUUUUGGCGCAUUUCAGGGAUCACAUACGCUCACACACAUACAUAGAAACAAACAAGAUGAGAGUUUUAGUAAUAUACUAGACCAAGUACAGACCCGUUGGGUCUGUUCCCCCAACGUGUGGUUGUGGGGGGGGGGGGGGGGGGGGGGGGGGGGGCGGCAUGCAGCGUCACACACAUUAACUACCCCCCCCCCUGCACUCACCCUAAUUACCCCCUUGAUAUAUUAAUAUUAUUAAUUUGCUCCUUUUACCCCAUAACCACCCUAUCUACUG